UUGCAGUCUCCAACAGCUGUUGAACUGUCAACACUCAAGAAGAGAGGUGGACUUAAAAGUGGUUGAUUCAACUCGCGAACGUUCAUAAAUUUGAGAAGAAUCGCGCGCUUUCGAGAUAGAAAACUCGACUUAAAACAUGGCUUGUCAUCACGUCAUCAUUUUUUGCGCUUUAAUGAUCAUCUGGCACAUCUUAUUGGCAAGCACUCAAGAUCCACUACCUCUAAAAGACAGGUAUUUAGUACCACAACGAACCAGAGACCUGUUAAGAACGAGAAAAAUGUCCCAAAGGGCUUUUAAGAACAUGGAUCUACUAGUUGCCAGGAGUUUCGGAAAACGAGCAGGUUCUGAAUGCUACGGAGGAAUGUGUCUUAGAGGCUUUCCAGAAUUCGCUGGUGCCAGAGGGUAUGGGAAACGGAGUAUUGAUGUUAAUCAAUUAAAAUGUUUAUUCGUUGAAUGUGACAGAGAAGAAGUUGACAAUACAAUAAGGAGCAUUGAUUACCCCAACAACGGCUACGAGCAGUUCAAAAGAGAUCAAGAAAUAGUUUUACCGGAUUGAUUAUUCGUUAUAUAAUUAACUUAACAAUAAAAAAGGGCAUUAAUGUGAAGUUUUUCUUCCUAAAUAUUGAGAAAACGCAUUGAAAUUUGAUUUUUGUGGACCUUUUUCCAAAUAUUUCAUAUUUUUCUGUAACAUUCAUUUGCUGGCAUUUUUAACGACUUCAAACUAAGAUUUGGUUUCGAGAAUUCAUGUGAAGCAAUCAUAUAUAACCUAUUCGCAACAUAAUUUCGAGAUAGAACAUUUUUUGGACAUGUAAAACAUGUUUUUUAACUCUUUGUACAUGCUAGAUUCUCAUAAAAUCAAUCCAACCAAAAAUAAUAUUUUUUUGUCAUUUUUCUGCUAUUCAAACUAAAAAAUAUAUCGAACAAAAACAAAUAAAAAUGCACAUUUUUUCAUGUUUUAUUAUUCAUUUAUCAUAAUGUCUCUAGUUUUUCAAAAAUACUGUGAGUAAAAUAUAAAAAACAAUACAAAGAACAAAAAAAUUUCCAGUAAUUGCCCACCGCAUCCGCCAAACUUGUUUUAAAAGUACAGGACCAGCGAGUUCGUAACAAUCCUACAUAAUUUCCCAUAUUAUUUGUUUAUUAAAGUUUUUUUCCCAUAUAUAUCAAUAUUUCUCAACUGUGGUUGACAAAAUUCCACAUUUAUGCUAUAUAACGUUUUUUCUGACUGUGAAUUUGAAUGUUGUACCGGCUAAUAUGUACAUUAAAUAUGUUAUCCUCUAAUACUUUUAUUUUCGAAUUAAUUAUUAGGAAAUAA